AUGUAUGAAUAUUUGCGUAAUAAUUGGAAUAUUGGCUCCGAGAUUUCUUGUCCGGAAUGUUCUAUUCCUUUAUCUCAUAAUGCCAUUAAAUUGAUUCUCUUCGAGAAUGAUAAUAUUACUCUCUACAAUCGUUAUACACAAUUUGAACUUAAUAGAAUUCUUGAACAAAAUCUCGAAUUUAUUUGGUGUGCACAUGGAUGUGGUUCUGGUCAAUUGAAUGAAGGUGCAACAAUGAAUAAUAUUAUUGAAUGUGUUAAUUGUCAUAAAUUAACUUGUUUCGCUCAUAAAUGUCCAUGGCAUGAUGGAAUAACAUGCGAAGAAUAUGAUAUGCCUCGAACUGAUGGACAAUUACAUGCUAGUGAACGUUGGAUCAAGGUGCAUACUAAAGAAUGUCCUAAAUGUCACUCUCAUAUUGAGAAAAAUGAAGGUUGUGAUCAUAUGACUUGUUUGAAAUGUAAGCACGAAUUCUGCUGGGAAUGUUUAGUUCCUUAUUCAGGUAUUAAAAGGCAUGGUGCUUACUUACAUGAUCGUAAAUGUAAACAUUACCCUGCUACAGAGACACGAAGUAUUUUCAAGCGUUUUAUUGAUCUCUUCUAG